CGCAGUGUUGACAGACAUUUAGUAAAGUUUGUUUUUAAGUGCAGACCCGACCCUGUAAGCUACACCUAAAUCCUUAAAAGAUUUAAAACCUUUUUUUUUUUUUUUUUUUUUUAAAUAUAAAUGCAGGAUAAAGAGACUUAACGAUAGGAGCAGAGAGGUUACAGGCAACAUCCGCGGAGACGCCCGUCGCCUCAUAACGGAGCCAGAUUUAUAGCGGGGAAUUUAUGGGCAGUUAAAAGUUUGCGUCGAGUCAAGGUUAAACACCAACAGUAACGGUACCGUUAAAGGACAUAUCUGCAAACAUGAGGAGUCCCGGACAUGAGAACAGUAUUUUGGGGGGAGAAAAUAGGACAGUGUUAACAUAAGGUGUCAGGGAGAAAAUACAAAUCUGAGGAGAUGGUGAAGAAUAAAAAUAUUGGAGGGCAUCCCAACCGCUCUUCCAAGUGCAAGACAAAAAAGUCUGGGUCCCAGAUUGCGUGCAGCAAGGACCUGGCACCUCAAGAUAAACAAGCCCAAGGUGACAUCCCAGCUGUUUCUCCAGAGCUCCAGACCAACAGCCAAGGUCAGCUGGGCUUUCCAGACAGCAUCUACCUGCUUGCAUCUGUGGUCUUUCAAAAUAACCACCUGGAGAAGCCUGCAGCCCACCGGUUGGUGAAUUAUGGCAAAGAAAGAGGACUUUCAUUACCUGAAGUCAAGGAUGAAGAGAUGCAACGUUUAGCUUAUGAGCUGGCCUUCAAUACACUUAAAUAUCAAGAGCUGCUGGAGGACAUCAUGAUUGACAGCUGCUUUUACCUCAGUCAGCCAAUGCCGGAUGAUCAGAUGAGCCUUGUUGCCGUCAUGCUCUAUGACUUCCAGGACAGAAAGUUCCUCCCACGGGAACGACAGGGCGUGGAUGAGAUUGUACAGGAAGUUAGAGAUGUGGAGAACUACCUCCUCAGGUAUAAAACCAAGCUGGCGGCCUCUCUGGCCCGCUGCAGGAUCAAACAUGAUCUCUUGUCCAUUGAGUGUAUCCUGCCGGAGAGUGUGAAGAAGAAGCAGGAGAGAUCAAGCAGCCUUCCACUUCACGCAUGGGUCAACACACAGAGGAGCAGCCUUGAUGAAGUCCAGAGUGUGCUGAAGAGUGUGGGCUUCUCACAAGUGAAAUCGAUUGGGCAGCUGGAGGGCCAGACCUUCUGCCAGGAUCCCCACUGUGGGGAUGUACUGGUAUUCCCUGCUCAGCUGAAAGCUCAGCUAUACACCACCAAGCUGCUUAGCAACCACAAACUCAUCAUCCAGGAUAAAUCUUGCAGCUUGGGCCCAAAUGCAGUGUGCUCCCUGUUACCAGAGGAAGGAGAUGUUCUUAUGGCGGGCUGCAUCUCUGGCCUCACCGUCUGCCACACUGCCUCCCUAAUCGCAGAGAAACAUAAAGCCAACAAAAGCAACCACCAGCCCACAGUCUACGCUUGUGUCAGUGAUCGCACAAAUGUUCAGAGGGAGGAGCUGCAGCAGGCCGUCGCUGCCAUGGGCUGCAAGAAUGUGAAGCUGAUACCAGAGGUCUUCCAGUCUUUGGACGGCGGUGACAAGCGAUUUCAGAGGGUGCGCGUUAUCCUGCUGAUGCCCAAGUGUUCUGUGUCUGCAGUCAGCAACCUGGUUGAAUUCAUACUGCAAGAGAAUGGAGACACAGAACUGCUGCAGGACUUAUCCCAGGGCUCCAUAGCCCAGAGCAAACUGGAAGCUCUGGUAACCCAGCAGAGGAAGGAUAUUGAUCACGCCUUGAAGUUCCCCAAGGUUUUGGCAGUGGUGUACUCUACCUGUUCCUCAUACCAAGAGGAGAAUGAGGAGGUGGUGAGCAGAGCCCUGGAGCGAGCCAAGACCCGCUCAGAGCAGGAGGGGGAACCAAAACAGGCAAACUUCAGGCUUAGUCCAUCCCCGUUCAGCAUUCCUGACCAUGCUAAGGAUCCAGAGAAAACAGACCCCUUCUUUAUGCUGGAGCCCUCAGAACAGGGCAAUGGCUGCUUUCUGGCUGUUCUCAGCAGAGAGUCAACAAUACAUACAGAGGUCAAAGAGUUGCCACAUGAAGUGCUUGAGAGGGCAAAUGCCAAAGGCAUACUGGACAGGAUCGGCUCCAACCAGCCAACCAGAAAAAAGCAGCAUGGAAACGCCAACAGGAUGACAAAAACGACCCAUGCUCGCACCUCUCAGCACCACCCUUCUGUCAGCGCUCAGGCCAAAACCCAAGAGACCAAGGGCAGCAACAGUACUACUUUGUGUGGACAUCAGGAAUUCACUAACAGGCGACAGCUGUCACAAGGAAAAGCCAAAGCUCUGUGCCUGCAGGCUUCACACAACACUGUGUCCAGCUCCCUCUCUUCCUCCAAGCCAGAACACAGCACAACCAAGAAAACCCUCACCCCUGUGUCCAACACUACAACUCCUACCACCUCUCUGCCUCCCGCCCCUCCACCUCCUACCCCGCUGGCCCCGGUCGUCCGUCCCCGCAGAGCUCAGGUGGUGCUGAAGCCUGUCGUGUUCGUCCUGCCUCCUGUUCACUUCCCCAACCCUUUCUCACAUCAGCAUAACCGAACAAGUUUCAGCCGCAGCUUCAACUGCAAGUGGAGAACCCCGGUUCAGACAGUGCCCCUCUCCCGCUCCAGUGGCGGUCUCUCCGGGGAUGCUAUGGUCAGAUCUCGCCCUCUGAUUUGAGCUCACAAACA